AUGGAGGACGCAGAGGCGCGCCGCUCUCGCCUGCGCGGCAUGCGCGAUUCCGCGGUGAAGCAGCAGGCGGCGUCCCCCGGCGCGCCCACGCCUUCCGUCGCCGUCUCCGUUCUCCCCUCCCCCAACUUCUCCCCCGCCGUUCAUCCGCACGCAUCCGCGCCUGCGCCAUCCGGGGAAGGCGGACCUGGGGGAGGUAGAUCUGCUAGACGGCCAGCAGGGGCAACAACAGCAGGCUCGGGGGGAUUCUCUUUCUACACGGAUCCUAUGGCAGCGUAUAAGCAGCAGCCACGUGUAGGGCCAGGAUUGGGGCCACCUUCCGCGGAUCCCCCAAGCGCGGGACCAUUCAGUGCGCCCAUCCUCCGCCAUCCACCCCCGGGUGGCGGAAUGGGGGUGGCGUUCUCCCCCCUGCCCGCGACCAUGCGCCAGGCCACCCCUCCCUCCGCGCCACUGUACCAGUCAACGCCUUCCCCGGGUAUGACCCCCCCUGGCUCGCUUGGUGGUGCUGCGGGUGGCGCCUCCCCCAUGCACCUCCCCCCUGCCUCGUGGGGCGGUCCCCCUGGCGAGGCAGGGUACCAGCCACAGGGUUACAAAACGCAACAAAGUUGCCAGCAGCAUGGUUAUCAGCAGCAGCAGGGUUACCAGCAGCAGUGCUAUCAGCAGCAGGCGGGCAAAGGGUGGGAUGGCGGAGGGAGAGGGGGAUGGGGGCAGGACAGAGGAGGGAGAGGGGGAGGGGGUAGAGACAGGGAAGGAGAUUUUAGAGUGCGGUGGGGUGGGCGAGGGGACAUAGAUGGCAGGAAGAGGCCUUGGGAGGGGCAGGGCGGAGGGAGCGGCAGUUACAAUAGAGGAGGGGAGGGUGCAAGUCUGAGUGCGGGUGGAGGGAGAGGGGGGUGGAAUAGGGAGGAGAGGGCGAGUGGAGGAGGGUGGGAUGGGAAUAGAGGGGCGGGAGGAAGGGGAGGAGGAAGAGGAGGCGAAGGGAGAGGAGGGAGAGGAGGGAGGGGAGGUGGAUCCAAGGGGGGGUUGUAA